UGCAGAAGCAAGAAGUCAAUCCGACGUUGAAGUGCCGGGGGCUGUUUUUCACUUCUCGUCACAAGAAACAGGACGCUAAUUAGGCGAAAGCUUCUAUCGUCCGUGGGUUACUUGUUGACCAGCAAAACCUCUGGUGCACGGCUCACACCGGUCGUUGUACAUCUGCAUUCACUUUUUUCCGAUCACCGGGAUCAGUUAAGCAAACUUGCACUGCACUGCCCAGUCAACCGCAUCCUCCCACGAUGGUGCUGCCAAGUUUUUCUGAUGACAGUCAGUGGCUUUCCGUUUCACCCUCUCAAUCUUUGCUGCUAUCAGAAAGAUCGAAAGCGGUGCUUCUGGAUCCUCUCCUCAGUGGGUACUAUCAUCUGUUUGUGGGUGAUCUGUUGCUUCUAGAACCCGUGGGAAACUUUGACCUCUUUCGUCUUGGAUCUCGAUGGGUUGCGUAUGUGGAUGUUGUCGGCAAUAUACGCACAGUUUAUGAAAUGCAAAAGUGCUACAUAAUCGAAGUUGAUGACGGAACUGGCUGUAUUGAGUGUACUGUUUGGCGCGAUACGUCCUGUUGGAAACCGCCCAAUAUCUCACGUCAUGUGGUGUCCAGCACUUCAGUGGAACAGGAACGUAUUUGUGAUCAGUUGCUUCGAAUGGCGCGCAGUCAGCGGCCGGCGCACGGUAAUUCGCCUUUACGUUUGGGGCAGAUGAUUCAUCUUCGGGGCAGACUUGGGCGAUAUCGAGGGAAAGUGAGGCUAAACGCGACUUUCUCUCGUAUCGUCACCGAGCCAAGAGAGCUGUUUUCUCAAAUGUUACAUCGAAAAAAACUAAAAUCUGCGAUCUACUCUUGCCCAUACGACCCAGAGCAUAUCGGCAAGUCUCUGCUUAAGUCACUCUCAGUCAACUGUGCGGAAACAGUGCUUGAAGAUGCACGCCGGAUUUUGCUUGAGGACAAUUUGCAUACCUUCACCAAGUGGGAUUUGUGCUUGCACUCUCGACUGAUACAACUGUUGUCUACCGCACCACACCCUGUCGCCUUUGAUGACGCUGAAUCUCCUUACCUUACCACCAACUCUUGUGUGCCCGAGAGAUCAUUAGCGCAGACUGUGCAUCGCUUGGUGGACGGACUGAUUGAACGUCUGCAGAGUGAGGGCUGGAUUUAUCCAACCGAUUGUGUCCGGUGAUCGCCUUCUUGUGGAAUGCGUGUACGAUGUAAUCAGAAAUCACGAUAACACUCUUG